AUAAUCGAUCGAAAGUCCCAACGCUUCGAUAUAAGGGUGUAGGCAAAGAGCAUCGAAGCGUACUGGCAUACGCUAUUAUCAAAUCGAAUAAGGCGCGCGGUGUCCUUCACCCCGCACCCUCUGGCAGCACCAGGAAUCGUCAAGGCGACUCAUCAGAAUAUCGCCGUGAACAUGAAGCGAUACUGAAAGGUGGACGAAAGAUGUCCAUUUCCAUUGCUAUAUCUCGACAACCGACCUCCGUGUUUAUUAUUAUGAGCGCUGAUGUGAUGCGUGAUCAUGCGAUAUCGAUAGUAAAUCCGUCAGCGCUUCGGCACGCCUAUGUAGAUUUGGAAGAGCUGAUUGAUGGUUGGUAA